UAAAAAGCAGAAAGAGUUAGAGAGAGAAAGGGACUUAGAGAGAGAGAAAGAAACAACAAACAAAAACAACUUAACCUCACCGUUUUGCGUUCCUAUAAAUGCAUACUCUCUCUUAACACACCAACGAGCUCUACCAGUUGCAGCGAAUUGCGAUCGGAGAUCAAACCCUAACCUAACCAGUCUUUCUCUCUCCGAAUCCAAUUUUUUCUUUUCCUUUUCUUUUUUUAUAUUUUGGAUUUUAUCACGGUGAUUUUCUCUCUCUCUCUCUCACACGCAUUCGAUUCCGAUUCCGAUUCCGAUUCCGAUUCCGAUUCCAAUGGCUAAUAGCGGUGUUUCUCCCAAUCAUUCCCCUAAGACCGGCGUUUCUUCGCCGUGGAGCCAGAUUGUGGCCGCCGCCGCACCUCCUACGUCGCCGCCGCCUCCGGCUGUCGUCGAGUCUCAUGCCGUGAAUUCGGCGCCGGCGGAAGAGCCUGAUAACGGCGUUGGGCACAAUGGCAAUACCGGUAAGAGGCCUGCUUGGAAUAAACCCUCCAAUGGCGCUUCUUCUGCGGUCAUGGGCGCUGAUUCUUGGCCUGCCUUGUCGGAGUCCGCCAGGGCUCCGUCGAAAUCACAUUCGCCUUCGCCGUCGGAAUCGGCAAAGGGUUUGAUGAAUGCAUCGUCCGUGCCGCAAUUGCAGAGUACCGGAAGCGCGCUUCCCUCUCCACAGAGGCAAGUUAGGGAUAAUGCAAGCACGAACAAUAUGGUGCCGACUCAGCAGAGAUCUUAUAAGCGUAGUAAUUCAAUCCCAUCUUCUAAUGGAGGCCACCCACCACAACUAUCUACGCCUCAAGGUUCAAUGGCUGCAACUGGGUCCCACAACCACAACUCUUCACCUAGGGACCAUCAGCCAAGAACUGGAUUUGUGUCUAGUGAUCACCCACAGCAGCGGAAUUCGUUUAGGAACCGGAAUGGCGGUCCACAUCACCGCGGAGAUGGCGCCCACCAUCAUAACUAUGGGAGCAGGCGUGAUGGAAAUCAGGACUGGAAUUCUCACCGAAAUUUUAAUGGUAGAGACAACUAUAUGUCACCAAGAUUUGUUCCAAGAUUUAUAAGGCCUCCACCGCCACCUAAUCCUGCUCAAUUAUUUCCCCCUCCACCACCAAUGCGUCCCUUUGGUGGUUCCAUUGGGUUUCCUGAACUACCACCUCAAAUGAUAUAUGUUCCACCUCCACCGCCGGAUUCAUUAAGAGGUGUUCCUUUUGUGUCUCCGAUACCACCUAAUGCAAUGUUUUUUCAACCUCCGGAUCCUCAGUUGUAUACUAAGAUUGUCAAGCAGAUUGACUACUAUUUCAGUGGUGAAAAUUUAGUUAAAGAUACUUACUUGCGGCGGAACAUGGAUGACCAGGGCUGGGUUCCUAUAACAUUAAUAGCAGGCUUCAAGAAAGUCAUGCAUUUGACUGACAAUAUCCAGAUUGUAUUAGAUGCUGUUCGAACUUCAUCUGUUGUUGAAGUGCAGGGUGACAAAAUAAGGAGACGAAAUGAUUGGAAUAUAUGGAUCCUGCCUCCUUAUCAGCCCCAUAAUGUUAGAAGUUCUCAAACCGUUGUACAACUGGCAGAACAAGUCCAAAGUAUUGCUCUGGAGACAACUAACAAAGAUGGUGCUGGAGGACUAGAUGUUUCACAGAAUAGUCAACUUCUGUUUUCUACUAAAGAGGGUACUGCUCAAGUUGGUAUUCAAGUUUCAGAUAACUCUAUUUCUGCAAGAAAUUAGAGCUGCAGAUGUUCUUUAAAAACAUUUUUUUGGAGAAUAUUCUUCAGAGGGAAGCAGGAAGCAGGGAUGUAACAGUUUACAUAUCUCACAAUCGGACAAGUUCCUCGUGAGGUAUCUAGGAAAUCACGAUUGAGAAAGGGAGAAAAUACCUUUUAUAAAACAGAAAAAAGACCAAACGGUAAAAAUCCCCCGCAGAAAAGGCACAUUUAUAUUUUCUCUGUUAUGGAGCUAGUAGCAUGACUCUUUUUGAUUUAGUUGUGUUAUAUGGGGUUGUAAUGCUCCUAUUCUGAUUGGUGGGAUGAUUGUUUGCUUUAAUCUGGGGAUUUUUUUAUUUUUUUAUUUUCGGUUUUCUUCCCCUGAAUUCCCCUCAGCUGCUUUUUAAAAUCUUUGGGGCCAUCUUCUCACCAGGUUUAGGAGCAUUUUAUGUGAGAUCAUGGGUGUUGAAUGAGUUUGAUAGCUACUAAUUUACUGUGAAUGAAGGGGAAAGAUUGCCUUCUGCUGAUGGAGCUUGGCCCACACAACUGCUUUACAGAACGAUUGCAUGAUGAUGUCCUUUGCUAUUACUCCUCACGUCAUAUUUGGAAUGACUUUUAUACUCACUUUUUUCGCAGUUUCCUCAAUUUAAAUUCUUAAAAAAAUUCUUAGGCAUGAAUUGCCUCUAUGGAGUUAUUUGAACUUAAAUUAUCCAGGGUAUUGCUGUGUAAGGUCCGGAGCUUGUCAUUUUAGACUUUCGAAGUUGAAUGGAACUCGAACUUGUCUUAAUUAUUUUGUGUAUUAACAUUGAUUUUUGAUGUAAUUAGUUUACCUUUUGCUUUAUGCUAUCGGAAUGAUCAAUUUUAUUAGAUAUAUUUUUA